AAGAAGAGAAAAACUGUGUAUCCGAAUUCCGAAGAACAGCAGCGGUCCGGCGCAGACCCGGCCUUGCUCGUCACUUGGUCAGUCAGUUCCGCAAACCGCUCUCCCUCCCUGCGAAAAUGGUAUUAUAAACCCUUCGUCCCAAGAUUUAGGGAAAACCAACUGGCGAAAGCUGCAUCCUUUCCGAUCUCGGAUCGAUUUCCAUCGGCUGAAUCCCACGCCGACGUACGGCAUUCACGCCGCUUGGGAUUCACAUACAUGGUGCCGUGCGUCCUGGAUGAGGAAGGGAUCUGCGCGUUAGGGGAACAGCCGGACGAAGAAGGCAGGAAGCAAGAAAUGGAAUUUGCACUUCUGAAGGAAGUUCAGCGAUCUGAGCCUAAUGGAAUCGGUGGCUACACCCACUCAACAGGUUCAUAUCCGCAAAUCAGACAAUGUGCAUUCAGCCCGGAUGAGCAACUACGCUCCUUGACCACAGUGCUGCCUCCUUUAGCGUCUCAAGAACUCCCAUCUCCUUACUGGGAGCCUCAGUUUCAGUCAAGCGAUAGUUAUCAGGGAAUCCAAGCUCAGCGUCGUCCGGUUGAUCAGACUGGAGCAUUGCAGAAUCCACUUCCUGAAUCCAUUUACUUCAAGGAAGUCAAGGAACAGUUGCAGUCUUUGACCCUUACAAAUGAUGAUGGCGCAAGGAGUUCUCUAAAUUCUGGCCCAAAUGUCGUCAGGUAUCCUCAAAGUAGCUCCAAGUCGAGGUCCAGGCUUUGUCAUUUCCAUUUCUUCAGGGGUUACUGCAAGAAAGGUGCUAACUGUCAGUUCUUCCACGGUCGUGCCUCUGAGGUGCAUACUGCGAGGCAAGCUGAACCCUUUGUGUCACUGAAGAAGCUGGAUAUGGAGAUCAGAGAACUCCUGACUGGAAUACCACCACCGGUCCCAGUUGAUCUCUUGCCAUCGAUGUACUUUGAGAUGUAUGGGGGCCCCCUGCGGCCUGAUGGAUGGCUCACCGAGAGCCAGCGGCAUGAGAGGGCUGGUUGCAGGCUUACAAGUCUGCUCUCGCAGCUUAACACCAUCAGGGUAAUCGAGAGAGAACAUGGACAGUAUUAUGUAGUCCUUGUGGAAGAUGUUCCGAAGUACAUGGAUUGCCUGGGCUUUUGUCCCAGUUGCAAUUUGAUGGACACCGGCACUGGGUCUAAUCAGAUCUACAUGACCUUCCCUGUUCACAGCAAAUUCACAGAAGAUGACGUCGAGAAUUACUUCAAGCGGUAUGGGCCUGUAUCUGGUGUGCGAAUUCCCUAUCAGGAGAAGCGCAUGUUUGGUUUUGUGAGCUUCCUAUACACCGAAACAGUGAGGCUUAUCUUAUCAAAGGGGACAGCUCACUUCAUCUGUGGAUCACGAGUACUUGUCAAGCGCUACAUGGAAAAGCCUGAACUAAGAAAACUUUCUCGGAAAAAUAAGCACAUUGACUAUCGUGAACACAGGAUCUCAGGUUGCAAUGUCACUAAUGAGCAUAAUAUAGGUUUCACCAUGAGAAAAUUAUCACACAAGCCGGAUUGUUUGGAUGAAACUUCAGCAUAUAAAGAUAGUGAUGAGGUCAGUCUUCCAGAUAGCCUUGGUCUUUACUGAGCUUUACUGAAGAGUUAUUAUUUACUUGCAUAGAUUAUAUAUAUGUACCACAGGACACAGUUGCAUUUAGGUCAACAAAAGGGUGCUUUCGGUAAUAUGGACCGGAAGCAUUCUUUAGUAGGUUGGUUUUUGGGUCAUUCAGAAGUUAGGAUCAUAAGCAUGGUCAGAUAGGCAGCUCAUUUUCUAUAGGAUGGGGUUAUCUUGCAGUCAACAGUAAAGCCGGAACACCUUGGUGUGUACAUGACAUAAGCGUAGCCAUGAAAUCCAGUCCCCCCCCCCUUUUUUUGUCAGGUUGCUUAGUACUUAGACAUGUAAUACUCCCACAUGAUUUUCUUAUAAGUUAACCUGUGGAACUUUCAAUUUAUUUUACUUGUGAUGCGUCGUUGUG